AUGGCCGCCAACAACAAGGACGUGGUGUCAUCGUCCUCGGUGCCAGCCCCCAAUGAUGACUACAUCAAUUGGGACCUGUUGAUGGUGGAGGAGGAGGAGGAGGAUGAGAAGGAUAAAGUGAUUACCAACAAUGAGGUGGAGAUAUGCAGUGACUCUGACACCGACGACGGCAAGGAAGAGGUUGAUGAGAUGGGCGGCGACCCUAACACCGACGACGACGAUGACGAGGAGGAGGAGGAGAUGGGCGGCGACUCCGACAUGACCGGCGAGGAGGAGGAGGAGGAUGAGGAGAUGGGCGGUGACUCCGAUGUGACCUACGAUGACAGGAGGAGGAGGAGGAGGAUGAGGAGAUGUGCGACUCUGAUAUGA